AACCCAUUUGUAAGGUGUUUGUGGGACUGUGACCGAGUAUGAUGGGUGCACUCGGAAACGGUCGACGUGGCGGUCGCUCCCCGUCAUUGCUGGUGGUGGCUCUCAUCGCCUGCGUCCUCCUGCUCGGCUUCAACUACUGGGUGAUGGAGGGCCACAUGAGGCAGCUGGCUGCAGACAGAGACCGAGAGCAGCAGAGCAAGCUGAAGGUUGAGGAGGAGACGCGCAGACAGAACGAGCAGCUGGAGUUAAUGGAGGAAACACACCAGAGACAGCAGGAGAACGCUCUCAUCACCUGGAAACACGAAAGAGAGAAACUGAAGCUCAAUAUUUCCUCCAGUAUUAAAACAGUGCAAGACAUAAAGAACCGUAUGAAGUCAUUAAUGGAGGAUGUUAAUAAAAUGCAGAGUGAGCUGAAGUCCUGUCAAAGUAACAUGGACACGCUUAGUAAGAAAGCCACCAGUGAAAUGACUCAGUGUAACAAACAAUUUGAGGCCAUGAAAGAGGCAUGCAAUGCGAAAAUUGCAGCUGCCAAACUGGAAAAGCAAAAGACAUCUGAAAAGGUUGCUCUACAGAAUGCUGAUGGUUCCAUACAGAAAGUCUCUGUUUCAAAAGCCAAAUCUGAUGUUCCUGCUACAAACCAUUCUGAUAAAAAUGUGGCAGAAUCUCCAAAAGGCAAACCAGAUGUGGAUUCACAGUCUAAAAACGAUGCUCACGUCCAAACCAUGAAGUUAGUUGUUGUGGAAAAGGAUGAGAAAGAUGCUGUAAUUUUACAAGACUCACCCAUCCCCACCUCCAAACUGACCAAUAAGAAUGAGACUCUUAAGAAAUCAGCCAAUGAAGAAGUUCCAGAAGCAGUGGUGGAUGUUAAAGCACAGGCUUCAAAGGCCGCAGAUACUGUAAUGGAUGAAGCAGGGAUUUUAGACCCAAAGGAAGAUGAAAUGGGGAUUGGAGAUGAGAGGGAGGAAGAUGCCAACAUUGAGGACAGGAAAGAGGAAGACGCUGCAAUUGGGAAGGAAGAUGCCAUUAUGUACGACAAUGAGGGCGAGAUAGAAAAACAACUGUCCAAGAUUAAAGAUGAAAAUCAAGGUGCUGGUCAAGAUCUAGAGGAUGAUGUGGCAAAUUAUAACGGUGAUGAUGACAACCAACCGGAGUCUGAGGAUGAGAAGCAGGCAGAGCUUGCAGAGAUGUAGUUCCUGAUCACAUGUGUCUGCUGACAGCAACAAUUCCUCCAGCUAAAGACAGACACAGACUCUUAUUAGUGACUGUUCUGAACCUCUCAACGGUUGGAGAAGACACCUGCUGUAAAGACUGAUUUGUUCUGGGUGAAUACUGCACUACUGUGUAAUGAAGGAUAUGAAUCGCAUCCCUCUUACCAGGACAGGCAUGGGGAAAACAUUCUUUUUCUAGUACUGAUUUUAGGUUAAACUUGAAUGUAACUACUGCUCUUAUGACAUCGAGCCUUUAAAUGAAUGCAACAUAGUGAAUUUUCCUUAUUAAGUGAAAGAUGCUUUGUUCUUAAACAAAAGCUACUUCAUCUGGUCUUAACGGUUUUGUGUUCUAUUUUGAUGUCUAAUCAUUUUAGCUGCUGAAAAAUGCAUAGGAAUAUUAGAUG